AUGCAUUUUGCAUCCAGUCUCCACAACUCCCCAGCUCCGCCUUCAGUCCAGCUGGUAUUUGUGCUGGAGGGCGUCUUCACAGCCUCCCGCCAGCUCAACAACCCGCUUGGGCGACAUGUUAAGAGGACGUGUCAGGCAACUGCACUAUUGUCCAGGUCGGCUGGAGGCGAUUUUGCGGCAAACAAACGCAUGCGUGAUGGGUUCUGGCUGUACACAAAUUCGCAAACAACAACUGUCACCAUGAGGAAUGGACAGGUCAACCGGGCUAGGAGAGGGCAGACAGGAUUCGAAGCAACAGGAAGGCCAAUAACAGCCAAAAUGGGCCAGUGCUUUUACGUAUCUUCUGCUCAGACAUGUUGCUCUUAA